GGGUGCAGAGAACUCCGGAGGACGCCCGAACGGAGCAGCACCGCGGACAGCGCCCGCCGCGCCGCGUCCAGCUCAGCCUGCGCUGCCCUCUCGCCCUGAGGUUCCCGCUCAGCGCUCUGAUAACUCGCCCCUGCACCAUGGCAGAAUCCCACCUGCAAUCAUCCCUGAUCACAGCCUCACAGUUUUUCGAGAUCUGGCUUCAUUUCGACGCUGACGGAAGUGGUUACCUGGAAGGAAAGGAGCUGCAGAACUUGAUCCAGGAGCUUCUGCAGGCGCGAAAGAAGGCUGGAUUGGAGUUAUCACCUGAGAUGAAAACUUUUGUGGAUCAGUAUGGGCAGAGAGAUGAUGGGAAAAUAGGAAUCGUAGAGCUGGCUCAUGUCUUACCCACAGAAGAGAAUUUCCUGCUGCUCUUCCGAUGCCAGCAACUGAAGUCCUGUGAGGAAUUCAUGAAGACAUGGAGAAAGUAUGACACUGACCACAGCGGCUUCAUAGAAACCGAGGAACUCAAGAACUUUCUAAAGGACCUACUAGAGAAAGCAAACAAGACCGUGGAUGAUACAAAACUAGCUGAGUACACAGACCUCAUGCUAAAACUCUUUGAUUCAAAUAAUGAUGGGAAGCUGGAGCUGACCGAGAUGGCCAGGUUACUACCAGUGCAGGAGAAUUUCCUUCUUAAGUUCCAGGGAAUCAAAAUGUGUGGGAAAGAGUUCAAUAAGGCUUUUGAGUUAUAUGAUCAGGAUGGCAACGGAUACAUAGAUGAAAAUGAGCUGGAUGCUUUACUGAAGGAUCUGUGUGAGAAGAACAAACAGGAACUGGAUGUUAACAAUAUUACUACAUACAAGAAGAACAUAAUGGCCUUGUCGGAUGGAGGGAAGCUCUACCGAACAGAUCUUGCUCUUAUUCUCUCUGCUGGGGACAACUAGAGUUGGUGGCCACAACCACUUGCUAGUGAUACAUUGUAUCUAAAAACAUAACUGUGCGCUAUAAAGGAGUAGGCUGUAUUUUUCUUUUAUAUCUGUAAAUCCUACUGCAUAGAGAGAAUUAUCCAGGAUGCGUGGCACAUUCUUUUCUGCUUGUUUCUAUACUGUUUGUAAUGUACAGUUUUUGUAACCAGAUAAUUGAAAAGAAGGAAGUUCAUGCUUAUGCCAGUUGGUACAAUCGAUUAAGAAAUGAAUCUAACGUGGUUUCGCUUUCAUAAAUGCAGCUGAACAUUUGGAUUUCCCUAAAAAUUCUACCAGCAUUCUUGUCAAGAAAUUCUAGCGUUGGGUGUGCAAACGCACAACUGCACCGAAUAAAACAUAAAUUAUAACAAGCCAAGCAUUUUUACUUUAGAAGAUCAUAGGACUGCCCACCAAGCACUUCUAUGUUGUUUCCGUCUAGUGGAGGGGAGGUGCUUCUGCAUCUGAAGCACCAAAUAUCAAUCAAUAGUUAAUUAUGAUUUAUUAUAAAAUAUUCUCCCUAGAGAUUUAGUUUACUGAUCAGUGACAAUGUCUACUGCUUGAAUAGAAACCACACUAUUGAUUCAAGUUGGCUUGGUGACAAGGGAAGGGAGCCAGAUGACACAGAAAUCUGUCUGAUUCUACGUCUGUAUUUCCAAGAAGUCUACUGCCAGAGAAUAUGACUUUAGCCCAUUUUCUAAAUUAUUUUCAUGUGUUUCCAGAUGACAAUUAUUCUAGUAAACUGCUGUUUUAUGUCAUAUUCGCUGUGUGCUCUCUGAUUAAAUUCAAUGUACUGAGUA